ACCUCGCGAAACGUGUUUAUUUCAUCUUGGAGCUGGAGCUCCUCUUCUUCACAGAGCCGCUGAGCGAUCCUGCAGACAGGAUGAACAAUUUCAAGUUUUCUAAAGCGUGUUGUAACUUUUUGACAGCACAAGUUCCUGAUACUGUGUUCAACAGCGACUUCACAAUGGAGCAGGUUCCUUCUACAGAACCCUACUCUGGAGUUCUGCUCUUCUUGGAUAUUUCCGGAUUCACUGCCUUAACAGAAAAAUACACUGCGAUGCAUGAAGAAGGCCAUGGGGCAGAUGAGUUGACAAACAAACUUAACCAAUUUAUCAGCAGACUGGUUAUUUGUAUCCUAGAAAAUGGUGGGGACAUCUUGAAUUUUGCAGGGGACGCAAUUCUGGCUCAGUGGUUAGUUGAGGGGAUACAGAUGAGUGAUGUGAUAUCACUGGCUGUCAAAUGCGCCUUGAAAAUUCAAAAAGAGUGUGACCUUCAGGAAGAGAAACAUGACAGCGAGCUACAUGUCAAAAUUGCAAUAUCAGCUGGGAAACUCUCCAAAAUAAUAGUGGGAAAUAAAUCGAGGCGUUUUUUUGUCAUCACUGGCCCAGCUGUGGACGAAGUGCGAAUGAAUGAGUCCCUGGCAAAUCCUGGGGAUAUUAUUCUUUCUACUGAAACAUUGAAGCUCUGCGACCAAAAGAACAUGGUCAUCAGACAUACUGCGUAUAAAAAAGCUGUCAAGAUGCUUCGUUUUAAAAAAGAGCCAAGGUUCUCAGUGGGAACGUACUAUCAGAUGCUGGCCAAGGACCAAAAAAUCCCUGAGAAAGGCUGCCUGAGAUCAGUGUUCCGGUUGAUACCUGACACAGAGAGAAAGAAUUAUCUUAGGAAAUAUAUGAUGAGAACAGUCUUGCAAGAGUUUGAUGAUGACCAGCCACCGGAACUCACAUCAGAGAUACGACCUGCAACCAUCAUGUUCAUUAACGUCACAUACACUUCAACUUAUACUCCUAUGGAGCUGUGCAGCUUUGUUCAAGAAGCCACUGUCAUAAUUGACAACAGUCUCCAUCCCCAUGGCCAACUCAACAAAAUAUUCUUUUUUGACAAGGACUGUACGUUUCUCAGUGUAUUCGGCUUGCCUGGAUAUAAGAAAAAGGAUGAGAGUGGUCUUGCAUUGAAGGCUGCCCACAGUUUACACGAGACCUGCCGCAAAAAAAUGAAGCAUCUACAGAGUAUCUCAGUUGGCAUAACUACAGGUCUAGUGUAUUGUGGUUUGGUGGGCCAUCAUUUGAGGAAUGAAUACACAGUAAUGGGAACCAAAGUAAAUCUGGCUGCCCGGUUGAUGGUUUACUACCCAGGGAUAGUUUCAUGUGACUGGGAGACCAGGUAUUACUCUGGCCUGCCUUCCUGCUGCUUCAAGGAGGAGAUUGCAAAAGACCUGAAGGGUGUGAGUCAACCAGGGAAGAUCUAUCGCUUUGAUCCUAGUCAUCAAAGGCAUGAUCAUGACGCACUACCAUCAUUAGAGAUGGAGAAAGACAGCAUGGUUGGAGACAUGCAUCGCACUCUAACCGAGCUGAACGUAUUGAGCGCAGCUGAAGGAUUGAUUUUAAGGCAUGCUGCCUUUCUUGGCCAGACGUUUACCACUAAGCUGUUGCAUAACAUCCUGCCUGAUCCAUUACAAGAGAAGCUCAACAGCAUCCUAAUGACACUCUUCCAACUGGGCAUCUUCAAGUGCGCCUCCAAGCCACCAAAGGAUUCAUCAGCCAUGACUGUAGAGAAGCCCAAGCUUGUAUGUUACUGUGGGAGCAGCAGCACAGAUGGACUAGCCUCAGUAGACGGUGUGUGGAAGUGCAAGAUGAUUGGUUUCUGCAAAGGUAUGGUAAUGGAGAUGACCUAUCAGCAGUUGUUGAAAGAGCAGAAACGGCAGCUUCAUGGAAUCUGUGCCAGCUACCUGGAGAAAAAGCCAUACCGCUGUAACAAAUGUACUAAGAACCCCAACUGCAUCGUGCCUAAAAAAUCAGUUGACAAGGCUGCAGGAAAUGGGAAUGAUACAGAGAACUUUCUGGAUAAGUUGGACACAAUAGUGAAUGAAAAGCAGGCCAGGAUGAGCACAGGCCUCAGAUGUAAGUGCGCUCAGCUACUGGAGAUGGUGCUCAUUCCUAUUGUGAGACAUUGGAGCGGUGCAGAAGACAUCUCCAAGACUUUUUACUACUUGCUGGAAUGUGCGGCUAUGUGUACAAACCUUUCUGACAACCCCAGGGCGAUGCGCUAUUUGAAGGAGGCUAAAAGAAUAUUGGAAAACCUAAAAGAAGGGAAUUCUAUAUCAGAUUUGGAGGCUCAUGACUCUGUUCAGAUCGCUAAAUUUGACCAAGCUGUUAUGUUUAAGCUCAUAGGAGAGAUUCUGUUUAAUACAGGCAACAUUUUGAAGGCAGAGGAAAAUUUCAAGGAAGCCGCAAAGCUUCUCAACUGCAGCCUUCCCAGUAACGAUUGUGCACAGUCUCUCAAAUUGUUCUGCGAGAAGAUAAAGAAAUAUAGCCAUCAAUCGAAAAAACUAAGGAUCGCAGAGAAGAAGAGGCUCAAAAUGAAAAAGCAGAAAUUACUGCAUGAUCGGAUCUGUUGUCUGUCCUUUCUAUGGCAAAUCAAAUAUAUGCAGGGGCAUUUCAAGAGUGCCUCCCUGGCUAUCACUAUGGAGAGCAACUUGUCCAUCUGGAGCACUGAUGUCUUCGAGAUGCUCUUCACCGCCAUGGAUUAUCACCAGUACAGUCAGUUUAUGAAUGACAAAAGCAAGUGCAAAUCUCUUGAAGCCUGGCUGUGCAGGAUGUGCUCCGGACUUUCUAACUGCACUGAGAACCAGAGACUAAUAAACCGCUUGGCUCGCACCCUGGCUAUCGUUCACCUGUGCAGAGGAAACUUAAAGGAGUCUGCCGAUUUCACUAUUCGAGCGCAGCAUUUGGAUGGAGUUGGUUUGGAUGCAAGGACCAUUGGCAUAUUACAUCUGGCUCUGCUUUUCACUGGGAGAUACAAGGAGGGUAUGCAGCUGAUCUAUAAAUUGGAGACAAUCAGCAGUGAAAUGCUCAGCAUCGUAGCUAAGGGCUGGUUUUAUGCUGCCUGCUUGAACAUCCUGUUAUAUGCUGGCAUCUCAUUGAGACCAUUGGAGGAAUUUUUGGACUUUGUAAAAGAGAGUCAGUCUGAUGUAAACCUCGUAGCUGACAAGAGCCUGAUGAUGCAUUUGUAUUUUUCGUUGGCUCUAUGGUUUGCACGGCUGAAUGACUGGGAGAACUUUACAGUCUUCUACGAUAAGGCAUUUGGAAUGUACAUUCAGAUUCCCCCGACCAUCUACUCCAUCAGCGGUGUGGCUGUGUUCCUCGAGUGCAAUGUUUUGUUGUUCAAGCAAGAGCUGGUUAAAUUCAACAGACCCUGCAUGAAGGCCUACGAAAGAACACUGCAGCUCUUCACUGAUUUCAGACAUUGCUUUGGCGGAGAUCACAUCUUCGUCCCUCGUGUGCUGCAUCUAAAUGCUUUCCUGAACCAGCUUGUUGGCAAGACGACGCUUGUAGAAAACCUCCUUAUGGACGCUCUGCAGCUGUCAGAGAAACAGGGAAACCUUUUGGAUAACACCCAGAUCAAGCACAGCCAGGCCACAUGGUCUGCUACAUACAGUCAGACUCCAUCUGAUUUUUGUACAGACAUUAAGACCCUGCAGUUUUGGGAUGAGAAAGCAAUACACAAUUCUGAGCAGUUGUUAGGUCUACUGUUUUAAUUUAGAGUGCAACUCAGAAUCAGCUUCUGACUCUUCGGCUGAAAGCCAUCACGACAGAGCACCCAUACCAGGAGUACAUCACAGAACAUCUUUAUCAGGAAGAACAAAACCAUCCAGAGCCCGGGAACACUCUAGAUUAGUUUUAAGGGCUAACAGGACAAAGACAUACACUAGAUGACCAUAACAUUUGUGUGCUUUCUGAACAUCCCAUUCCAGAUUUUGUCCCCAUUUUUUGUUAUGAUAACCUCCACUUUUAUGGGAAGUGUGCUUGUGGAGAUUUGUUCACCCCUAGCGUGUUAGUAAAGUCAGGUACUCCAACCCACUUUGUUACUUUACCCAUAAAAAUAAAAAAAAACAAGUCUGGGAGGUAAAAGGUAUAAAAUGCUCAGACACUUUUAAGCUUUUGUGUUUAGGCAGAGGUAAAUGGCAGCAGGUGAACUGAUUGAAAUAUUUGGCAAGAAAUUGUACAAAAAAACAAGUUGCUUUCUGAAGGGCUGGAGAGCGGUACAAUAAAGAGUGUCCGCAGGCAA